CUUCUUUUCGACACACGGAAGCGGCGAGAUGCCCGCCCUUCAUGAGCUCCGCCUUGACCAACAGCUGAGUCGGAAGACCGGUAGAACCCGCUUCUACGAGGCACAGGAGGCCAGCACCGCGCUGACCACCUUGGACCAGAGUUCCUUGGACGAAGCUGAAAGCCAGACCACGACUACGGAAACAAGACAGAGCCUCAGUACCACGAGGGUCAGCACCGCGUACCAUCGGAAAAACAAAGACGAAACAACCAACGAAGAAAUAUCGCAAACGAGCGAUGCCAGCACGAAUGUACCAGAAGGCGACCACAGUUCAAAGGGACGACAAAGUCCCGGGCGCAAAAAAUGGUACCCAGACUUUCUUCGACGGCACAGCGGAAAUAUUUUCACUGGCGUCAUCGCUGGGUCUGCGUUACUCCUCCUGUUUCCUGUGUGCAUACUGUACUACACGGCCGGCACGCUGGCUGCACGCUUUCCGGCGCCACCCAACAUCGGAAGAGACGAUCCGGUCAAUUACGCAAACCCCGCCUGCGUCGAUUACCAGCCCUUGUCAAGCAACGGUCCUAAUUACGCCGAACUUUCCUUCGUGGACGACGACUUCGUCCCUUACAAAACCAAGGUAAAGAGCAGGAAUGCCAUCUUCUGCGUUUACCAGAACGACGUCUUCGAGCGCUUCCCGAAACUGCAAUAUCGCGUCACCGACGUCCCCGGGGCGUAUUGCACUCACCUGCUUUACUAUAAGGCGGGCGUCACGGCAGACGGUACCAUCUACAGCAAGGACCCCACGUUCGACGAGACCUACGAGGGCUACAGAUCGGCCGCGGAAUUGAAGAACACUUACCCGCAUCUCAUGGUUCUUCUCGCCCUCGGCGGAGGACCGGAUGCCCGAGACACGUUUCAGUUCUCGAGCUUCACGUCCGACGUGAACCGCACCCGCACCUUCGCCGACAAGGCUUAUUGGUGGCUGGUCGGAAAGGGCCUCGAUGGCCUCCACAUCGACUGGCGGCAGCCGGGAGGAGAGUGCGGCAGGAGGAACGACAAGCAGAACUUUCUGAGACUGGUCCAAGCACUCAGGGAGAGAUUUGGCGUCCGCUCCCUCCUAACCAUCGCCGUGCCCCACAACGGGGAGCAAAGGCACCGGGGAUACCACCUCCCGGCCCUCGCGGACCACGCGAACUACCUUUUGGCAGUCACGCACGGUUUCCACAACACUAGCGCGCGGCGCACCCAGUGCCCCAGCCCCUACGAGGCUGCGCCAAACUACACGGGUCCCACGGUACGCGAGGUUGUGCGCACGCUCAAGCACGAGGUUCCCCGGGAACACAGGGAGCGGCUCUGCUUCAGCGUGUCGCUAAAGGGCCUCUUCUGGACGCUCAAGACUUCUAGCGCCUUCAGGGUCGGCAGUCCGGCUGUCCGAGGGGGUCCACCCGUGGGCGGUUCUCACACCCGGGGCCUGGUCGAGUACCCUCUGAUCUGCAAGUACCUGCUCAAGGGCAGCCUGGAUGAGGUUGGACUGUGCAACUACGCCGUGCGCUUCCGGAACUGGGUCAGCUACGAAGGCACCACGUCGCUGCGUGUAAAGCUCGACCGCAUGCGCCAGGACAUGGGCACACCGGGCCUCUGCCUCGCAGUCUGGGACAUGGAAUUUGACGACUUCUUGGGCACUUGUGGGACGUCCCGGUCCCCGCUACUCAGGACAAUCUUUCUCGCGCUAGCUAGCUGAACGGGAGGCAUUGAGAGUUCAGGGGAUGGAGUCACCCCCAAUAUUUUCUUCACAGCAGCACUACACGGUGUUUCUUUUAUAUAUUUUUUUUAAUCUUAACAGA